AUGGAAGGAUUACUAAACACCUUCCCUCAACAUAGUUGCUUAAACCCCUUCAUGUUCGGUCAAAAAAUAAGUUAUAAUCUUCCAUUGAUGAAACUAAGAACUGGGUUUAUUUAUGGAAGACUUGAAGUGGGUUUUUUUAGAGGGUUAAAGUGUGUAAAUUUAAGCAGAGAUGGUUUUGAUAGCAGUAAAGGGGUUGUUGAUAGUGACAAUGAUAAGGAAGUCGAGGAUUGGGAAUUGGAGUUUCUUGGGAAGCUUGAUCCAUUGGGUAAUCAAGCACCUAUGAAGAAGAAAAGGCAACAAAAUUCAAGAUUGCUCAAAGAAACUGAUGGGAUGGAUUGGUGUUUGAGGGCGAGGAAGGUUGCCCUGAAGUCGAUUGAGGAGAGGGGGUUGAGUCACAGGAUGGAAGAUUUGAUUAAUGUAAAGAAGAAAAAGAAGAAAAGGAAUAAGAAAAAGUUGGUUGGUAAGGUUAAGAAAGUUGAGGAUUUUGAAGAAGAUGGUUUGGACUUUGAUUUGGAGAAAGAUGUUGAAUUAGAAGAUGAUGCUAGUGACCUUAGUAGGAUGGAGAAGACCAUGGAAGAGUUUGUUCAGAGGCUAUCCCAAUUCUCCGGACCUUCUGAUCGUAAGAAAGAGAUUAACUUGAAUAGGGCAAUUGUGGAAGCACAGACUGCAGAGGAAGUUUUGGACAUCACUGCUGAGAUGAUUAUGGCUGUUGGGAAGGGGUUGAGUCCUUCACCGCUAUCCCCCGUGAAUAUUGCUACUGCACUUCAUCGAAUUGCUAAGAACAUGGAGAAGGUUUCAAUGAUGAAUACACGUAGGUUGGCAUUUGCACGACAGAAGGAGAUGUCGAUGCUGGUGGGUAUGGGUAUGACAGCAUUGCCUGAAUGCUCAGCACAAGGUAUCUCGAAUAUUUCAUGGGCGUUGUCCAAGAUAGGAGGGGAGCUGCUUUACUUGUCAGAAAUGGAUAGAGUUGCGGAGGUGGCCUUGACCAAGGUUGAGGAGUUCAAUUCUCAGAAUGUUGCUAAUAUCGCUGGUGCUUUUGCUUCAAUGCAGCACUCUGCUCCUGAUCUAUUUUCGGCAUUGUCAAAAAGGGGUUCGGAGAUAAUUCAUACUUUCCAAGAGCAGGAGCUUGCUCAGGUUUUGUGGGCUUUUGCUUCUCUAUACGAGCCAGCUGACUCUUUGCUUGAGUCCUUGGAUGCUGUUUUCAAAGAUGCAAACCAAUUUGAGUGCUCCUUAAAGGCUGAAACAUCAUACUUUGAUGAGGAGAAUAGCAAUGAAGCCAGUGGAGAUCUUGAUGCAGAAGGACCUUUAGGCCCUCCAGUGCUCAGAUUUAGUAGGGAUCAGCUGGGGAAUAUAGCUUGGUCAUAUGCUGUUCUUGGACAAUUGGACCGAAUUUUCUUUUCAAAUGUGUGGAGAACUCUGAGCCAUUUUGAGGAGGAAAGGCUUUCGGAGCAAUAUAGAGAGGAUAUCAUGUUUGCUUCUCAGGCUCAUCUUGUGAAUCAAUGCUUGAAGCUUGAGUACCUCCAUCUUGAGUUGUCUCUUGGAGGCAAUCUUGAGGAGAAAAUUGCUCGUGCUGGAAAAACUAAGAGGUUUAAUCAGAAAACAACUUCAUCAUUUCAGAAGGAAGUUGCUCGUCUCCUGGUCAGUACUGGCCUUGAUUGGGUGAGAGAAUAUGUUGUGAAUGGGUACACUGUGGAUGCUGUUGUGGUUGAUAAGAAGAUUGCUUUGGAGAUCGAUGGACCAACUCAUUUCUCCAGGAAUACUGGAGUGCCUUUAGGACAUACUAUGCUGAAACGGCGGCACAUCGCUGCUGCUGGUUGGAACGUGGUAUCACUGUCUCAUCAAGAGUGGGAGGAAAUAGAAGGCAGUUAUGAGCAGCUAGAGUACCUGAGAGAAAUCCUCAACCUCAAGGAGCAUCUAGGGGAAGAGAGUAGCAGCAAAGAUGCAGCAUCAUCAUAG